UUCAGCACAGACUUCAACAAGCAUUUGUGUCUUUUGUGAAAACAAAGGUAUUUUCUUCUGCUAUGACUGCAAGUCAGCAUUUUGUAAACCAUGUAGAGAAAAUCAUGAUAAACUACCACCUUCAAAAAAACACUCCGUUAUCGACUUAAAAAGUGUUAAUCCAUCAGCAGUUAAAUUAAGAUGCGAAUUACACAAAUCUGAAUUCACGUUUUACUGCAUUAAAUGCAAUACGUUGGUAUGCAACAUAUGCGUUACUUCCGAUCACAAGGAACAUGGCUUGUCAGGUAUGAAAGAAAAAUCCGAAGAAAUUAAAAGACUAGCCAAAACCAAACUAACAGAUAUGAAAGCCAAACUUCAGAGCGUGUCAAAAUUGGCUGAGAAAACAAAGAUGGUCCACAUACCAAAUUUGGAUAACGAAUCAGAAAUGGCUGUUGCUAAGAUCCGUUCUUUUGAAAAGGAUUUACAAAAGCUAAUUAGCACAAAAGCUGAUAUCAAGGUCAACGAAGUUCAGGAUGUAGCUCAGUGGAAAAAAGAGGAGCUACAAAGUGUCUUAAAAAAUAAAGAAAGAAUUUACAGAAAACAAACAGCUGUUUAUGAAAGUCUUGAGACACUUUUGUCAGAAGAGCACGCAGUCUCAUUCUUGGUGUCUUAUCAAACCCUAAAUAGAGAGAUGUGUGAUCUGACCAAUGAGGCACAGGAUGAUAUAGAACCAUAUCACACACGGGCGCCAGAUCUGAAAGGAUUUCUGGACGAAACCAUUAUUUCCUUGCAGGAGUACAGAAAGAAAUUAAAAUAGAAGAAAUGGUGGGAGUGUACAAAAUAUUCGUCAAGGAAAAGAAAAGAUCUACGCACAGAGUUUCAAAUGAUAUUUACUUGUGAAUAAUCAAAGACAAAAUUAUCAAAAAUAUUUAAAUGUUUCCUAUUUAACAAUAACAAUAAUGAUUAUUAGUUAAUUUGAUUUUUCUAUCUAUAUAAUAUGUUCAAAGCAAUGUAUAAUCUUUUGUUUUGAUAUGUUAUUCCUCUUGUUAAUAUUUAAGCUUCAUAUAUAUAUAUAAUGCCAGAUAAUUGACCAUUUUAUUUUACUUCAUUUCACGUUAUUUAGAUUAAACGAGAUUUGCUGUAAGGUUUAGAUAUAUAAUCACAGAUUUGCUCACUUUAUAUUUAAUUGUCUUAGAAUAGAAAUUCUUGCCCCAAACCUUAAAUUAAAUUGAGAAUGGAAAUGGAUAAUAUUUCAGAAAGACGACUUCACGACCAAAGAACAGAAAACACCCGAGGGCCACCAAUGGAUCUUCAACACAUAGAAAAAAGCCUCCUUUAAUAAAAAUAUGUACUAAUACAGGGAAAAUAUAGGUCAUACUAAACUGAAAAAAAAUAUUAACUAGAUUAGACAUAAACAUUCAAACAAAGAAAGGCCAAAGGCUCCUGACUAGGGACAGGCGUAAACAUGCAGCGGGGUUAAAGCAGUAUAUCAAAUUAAAGAGAAUGCAUCGUAUCUUCCAUUUCUUUACAGUGAGUAUUCCAAUAUUUAAGUUACAAAAUGAUUUCUAUGUGCACAACCAUACUAAGUCUGGUCAAGUUAUUUACAUUUUUCAAUAAUUUAAUUUUGGAUGUAACGUGUCUUCUGAUUGGCUGACGUUAUUUUGUUAUCAGCCCAUAGACAUAAUGUAGUCAUGUGACUGUUACGUCAUCAACGUUUUUUCAUGGUGUUCAACUGUUUAAAAUAGAAUUUAGAAUUAUAUUAUAAAAAAUGACUGUAAUAUUUUUUAUGGCUAUUCGAAAUAACACAACAAAAAUUGGUGCACACUUUUAAAUAACCUGCGCGUUAUUCAGUGUGCACCAAUUUUUUUUAUGUUAUUUCUUCAUAGAAAGAAAAAUAUUACAGAUAAAUUGAUAUGUUUGUUUGCGAUGAGGUUAUUUGAAGCUACUUAAGUAAGCAAUGUGACGAUAUAUUGAAUAUAUGCAGUCCCAGAAUACUU